AUGGACACUGAUCCCAACGCCUACGUCGACCGCGGGUCGUCCUUUGGCCAGUCCCGACCAGCAGCAGCUGGAGCGCACCGCAAUUCGUCCUCGUCACAAGAGGCUACCAUGGUCGAGUAUCGCGAUCCACGGUCUACAGCCCACCCAAGUCCCAAGAUUGGAAGCAGCGCCGGGUGCUCGUCCCAGUCCCCACCCAGCCCCAAGCUCGCACCGAGCCCGAGCCUCGCCCAGGUCCCCACAUGUCCUCCGCACGCCGAGUCCUCUGCCCAAGCCGCCGCACGGCAUGCUGUGGCAUCCGCUACCCCACAGCUCCAGCUUGAGCCACCACUCUUCCCUCCCUUUGUCUCUCCUCCCCCCGCACCAGCUACCCAAGCUCGCACCCCAGCCGCUGCCCUCUCGUCUGCGGACCCGCUCCAACACAUCCUCCGUGACGACGACACACAGGCAGCUCCCAUGCAGACAGAUGUGGCACCUUCCGCUCCCGUACCGGAAGAUCUGGAGCUCCUCACAUGCAAGCCGCUCGACCGAGUGGCUUCUCAAAUGAGCAACGCCAGUCCCUCUUCCCCGACCCCCCCACCUUCACGGCAGCGCGAUGUUGAGGCCGAAUGGGCUCGCCAUGCACAGCAGAAACCCAUGGAGAGAAUCGUGUCGCAGGCCGGCUGGCCUCCCCUCAACCACUACUACUCGGUCGCACUCAAGCGCUCCCGAUCCAUGUCCGAUCCGCCAGAGACGAACCGGUCCCACUCUGUGCAUGUUGCGCGCACAGCAGCCAAGUUCUUCCGCGCCGCCCCGCACAAGAAGAUGCGCAUGUGGUCGGCCAAGGACGCGGCCGACCAGGCGGAUGGUGACCAGAUCAUGCGCCAGAUCCGUGGCCGUGCCCAGGACAACUACUUUGCGGCCCCAAGAAUCCCACCCAUCAACAUGGAGUCACUUCGUAUCCUUGACACGAACGAGGUCCUUCGCCUUCCCCAGAUGCGCCACGAUCUGCUGUUUGAGAACAUCGGCUUCCGACCAGUUCACCCUCACAUGCACACACGGUCGACAAUGUACGCGCUCCUCUCCACGCAGCGGUCUCAGAUUGUCAACCCAUCUCCACCGACCGAGGAGUUUGACCGCUACUGGAGGUGCAUCCGCGCCGAGGUCGAGCGCGGCUGCCGGUGCACACGUUGGGAUGGUCCUGGCGUCUCUGACAUCCCCAAGGACUGUAUCUGCGGUCGCUGGAAGCCCGGGUUGAGCGAGGCAAAGUGGUGGAAGGAGUCACGUGCUGUGUGGCCAAGCCGCCUCCCCCUACUGAUCCAGACCCUCCGCGAGAUUCUCGAGUCGCUCAUGGCCUCGACGACUCCCUGCACCAGCAGCCAAGCCUCGCGUGGCCAUCUCACUGGUGGCCCAACCGGUAGCGCGACAGCGAGCUCCACUGUCACGCAUUCUCUUGUUCCUGCGCUAUUCGCUUCACUCGACCCCGAGUUCCUCACGGUGCAGGUCCGCCGCGGCAACUUUGACCCCGACCUCUUCCGCGUCAUUGGUGAGGCCAUGAAAGUGCAUUGCGCGCCUGUGCGUGACGCCAUGGUCGACGACAUGGUCGCCAUUGCGACGGGAUCGGACGGACGGAAGCCGGACGUCGUCCUCGGUCUGCGCAAGUGUUUCGACUGCGUCGAGGUCAUGAAACUCGACAUUGCCAACCACCAGGUCCAGUCGCUCAAGGGCAUGCUGUGGCAGCAGGCGGAGCAGAACGAGAUGGCAACGUUUAUCAACUACCUCGCCGCCGCCAAGCGCACACUGGAGGGCUCCAAGUCGUACGCCUGGAUUAAUUCUGCGUCGAAGCGUGUUGCCCUAGCCACCAUGCCUCGGCACCGACGCCACCUCAUGGGCCAAUGCACGUGCUCGGGGAACACUGAGUUUGUGAUCCGCUCGCUCGCCGACGGGUUUAUCGACCUGGUGUUUGGCGACUGGGUCGAGGACGACGAGGCAUGGCCGCCUAUUGUACCAUCCCGCCGCCCUGGCCUUCCGCCACCGCCGCGCAUCUUCCCGUCCAAGGUCGUCGUCCCCGAAGUGUUCAAGAUGGACUCGUGCCGCAUCAAGAACUUCCACUCUGAGAUGGUCGACAUUGCCCUCGCCAAGUGUGUCCUCUCGAUUUUCCGGGACGAGUACAUCAAGACGCACCCGAGCGCGACGGAGGACGAGAUCACCGACCAGGUCGCCCAGGUGCGCGAAAGCUACAAGCACAUCAUGACGGUCGGUGCGAGCCUCAUGGACGGCCAGAUGGGUCACCCAUCCGACAUCAGCUUGCACAUGGCGCACCGCAUCGUGUUUGCGCCGCUAUGGCCAGAGCAGAAGCCUGCAGACCUCGACCGCGUCAGCGUCCUAUCUCGCGAGUUUGAUGCACGCAUCGCCUCGAGCCUUUCGCGUCGCACCAUACCCAUGUACACGACGUCACUGGCAUCGCUGCGCAAGCUCACGCAGACGAUGCUCACGAACACGCUCCUCCUCCACCGCGUGCAGCCCGAGUCGUUCCUGUACGACAUGCGCGGCGUCGACUCGAAGCCCUGCACGCGCGGCGAGCCGGUUCCCACCGCAGCACGUCUACGCGUUCCUGCCCGCCGCUUCGUGACCCUCACGGAGCCACUCACAGGCCAGGGCGCGAGCACUUCGGACCCCCGCGAGCGCUACCACCGCGUGCAGCCCCAGAGUGUCGUCGCUGCGCACAAGCUCUUCGUUGAGACGCUCGAGACCAGCCGCGCAAGCGAGGCCGCACUCGCCACCGACCUCGGCUUCGAGCCAAUCCUCCACGAGAUCCGCGCCGUCGUCGACCGCAUGGUCAAGACGGCCGAUUUCAACCUUUGUGUUUUUGCCAACCUCUAUGGCCGUAAGGGCAUGCUUCUUGGCACUGGCCCUCUCCAGCCCCUCCCGGACCUCUCAUAA